UUGUACGUCAUUUUUUCAUUUCAUCAAGAGUAUAUGUCGCUUGUUGUGUUUAUUGAUUGAUUUGACUCGUGAAUCGUGAUAUCAUUUUAUCAUUACAUCAGUUGAAAUUAGUUCUCUGAUUCGUGUAGUUAUUCGGAGCGCUCAUAUUUAAUUUCCAAUUGCUGCUAAAUAAAUCAGCAACUAAACUUUGGAUAAUUAUUAAAGGCGACAUAAAUAAUUCUAAAGCGUUUCUAACAUUCCAAGUUUUUUAAAUAUGGAGAGUUUGUAUAGCAUAUUUGUAAUAUUCUUCUUUGUAUUUAUUUUUAAAACCUCAGAAGUAUUAACUUUCGAAGUGGAUACAUACGAUUUUUUGAUGCCUAACGUUCAUCCCCACAGGGACGAGCUCUACCUAUGUACUCCAAUCAGAAUAUCACCAAACCAGAACUUUUAUAUUGUGGGAUUUAAACCUAAUGCAACUAUGCAUACCGCUCAUCAUAUGCUUCUCUAUGGAUGCUCGGAACCUGGCUCCAACGACCCAGUAUGGAGUUGCGGUGAAAUGCAGAGCAACCAAGUGGAUAAGUUGUAUACCACAGCUAGUCCGUGCCGGUCGGGUUCUCAGAUUGUGUACGCCUGGGCACGAGACGCGCCAAGCCUGGAGCUUCCCAAAGAUGUCGGCUUUUUAAUUGGACAAGAUUCGCCAAUCAAAUACCUCGUACUUCAAGUUCAUUACAUGACCAAGUUUCCAGAAGGAAAAACUGACAAUUCAGGCGUGUUUUUAAAGUACACUCAAGAAACAAUGCCACGUCAGGCAGGCGUAAUACUUCUAGGAACAAGUGGAGUCAUCCCACCAGAUUCUGUAGAACAUAUGGAAACUGCCUGUAUCAUGAAAGAAGAGAAGGUCAUACAUCCCUUCGCUUUUAGAACUCACACGCAUGGCCUUGGCAAAAAAGUGUCAGGCUACGUAGUCCGCAAAUCAAUGCAAGGCGACAAAUGGGAGUUGAUCGGCAGUAAGGACCCGCAGUUGCCGCAAAUGUUCUAUCCAGUAGUUAACACGGACCCUAUUGGCAAGUUUGACGUACUGGCUGCUAGAUGUGUCAUGAAUAAUACUAGGCAUGAGCUGGUUAAGAUCGGGGCAACGAACAGAGAUGAAAUGUGCAACUUCUAUCUCAUGUACUGGGUGGAGAAUGACACUCCACUUAAAAUGAAGUACUGUUUCUCGUCGGGACCGCCGUAUUACUAUUGGGGCAUGGGGCCAGAGAACUUCAACCGUAUCCCCGAUCUCGACAAUACUGUAUAAAUAUAUCUUCUAUUUUGACGGAAAAUUUUGUCUCAAUUCCAUUGAUUUGCACAAUGUUAUAUUGCGUUUUUUUUUUUAAUCUCAAUUAUUACAUAUCAUAAACAAACAAACAAAAUAUAUAAGUGAAAUAUUAUAUUGCAUAAACCUAGUUUGAGCUGUAUUCGGGCGAUAUUUUGUUUUUUUAUGUACUUACAAAAAAAUACCAAUUUAAAAUUCGGACCAAAACUUUUUUUUUAAUUGCAAAAUUUUUCGUCAACUCGUGCAAUUUGACCCAGUAGGUAAGUAAGUGUUCCUAGAAUAUAUUGGAUCUGAGGUAUGAAAUGUAAUUUCAUUACCCUAUAUUUAAGUGUAAAGCAUUCCCAAAAAAUUAUAAAAAAAUAUGCUCAGUGUCAAGACCGCUUAAAAAAAAGGAAAAAAAAAUGGUCUUAAAUGCACAAAGUAUGUGUGUAAUGUUGGACCCAUAUCAAUGUACUUAAAUCUAUUUUUCCAAAGAAAUUCAGUGUAUCAAGCUUUGUAUUUUUAUCCCUACGACUCAAAUUCAAAUCAAUUCUUGUACGCAUCUUACAUCAAUUGUUUUUAUUUAUUAUUAUAAUUACUAAUUAAAAAGGUUUUACUCAGCUUGGUACACUCCUUAUAUAUAAGACAUUGGCAGCUAUAAUAUUUUUAAUACACGCCAAAUUAGUUAAAUUUGUAGAAAUAACAUUCCGAUUAAUGAAAUCAUAGUUUUAAUAAAAAUAUAUAGAUUAUUUAUAUUUACUUCCCGUACUGAGACAUCGACUUUAGCUGCGCCUUAAGUUAUGUUUAAACUAAUUUCAAUAUAAACAUUCUUAUUAAUGGUUAAUGAAUUGUGACUGUCUGUUAAAUGCAAUACUAUUGACAUUUUAUGUGUUAAUGUUUAUAUACAUUUGUAUAUUUAGCCACACAAUUUCUCUAAAUUGUAUUAUGUGUUGUUAACGACGACAAAAAAUGUAUGCACGAGUAGUUUUAAUUAUUAUAAAUUAUUAAUUUUAUACCCUUAGGAAAAUGGUCCUUCGAGCCGGAUUUUGGUUUAUUCGUGAAAAGUCUAAAUAAGUAAUAUAAUUUAGCUAAAUAGACCUAUUUAAUAAAAGUAUUUACGUUUAAAAAUAAUGAGGUAUAUUUCUAUUUAAUUACCGGCUCGAAGGACCAGUGUUUCCGAAGAGUCGAUCGAUAUUUAUAACUAAAGUUAAAUUCACACUUUAAUUCGUAUUGAAAAUGCAUUUUAUCAUAAUUUUAAUUAUAUAUUGCGAUUAUUUGCGAAAAUCACAUUCCUCUAGUCAAUACUUAAUUUAGUGUAAAGUAUUAUAUUUUCUUUAAGUAAUACUAUUUUACGAAAUUAACAUGUCUGAAAAAGACUUUUCUCAAAAUUCCUAUGUAAAACAAUAAUUUAUAAUGUUUCUAAGACUGUUGUUUUAAAGUAACAAAAUCGUUUAAAGAUUUUC